AUGAAACGUAAAUUUUGCUCACCCAUGCUUCUCUCUACUGUGUCUCUCCUUUCAUUCAUGGAGCUCUACAGUAGUCAUGUCUUCUCUCUGCAACAGAUUUCUAGAACCAGUCCCAACUCUUUGGAAACCCUAACUUCAGCAUCCAAAUAUUCAAUUAACACAAUUUUUCAAAUCCCCAUAAGAAGAAAUUGUACAAACAGAAUCAAUUUCACUAGAAUUUCUGCAAGUAUUAGCAGUAGUGCAUCUUCACUUGAACAACCUGGAGGAAAAAUGGUGGUUGAAUUAGUUGGAGCGUUUAAUAAACUAACAGAAAGAAUGAAUGUACUUUCAACAAGCUCUUCUAGAUUGUUAUUCAAAUCACUGAAGUUGUCCAUACCUAUUUUGCAAAGCUUGCCUUUUACUCCUGAUGGGAGAUCUCCUCUCGCUAAAGCUUUGUCAGUUGCUAUUGUUCUUGCUGAUCUUCAGAUGGAUGCAGAAGUCAUUUCAGCUAGUAUACUGAGAGCAGUUCUAGAAGCAGGUGCUAUUUCGAUACACGGAGUGAAAGAUCAGAUAGGAAUUGGCACUGCUCAUCUACUUCAUGAAAGUUUGCGGGUGAGAGAAAUACCGCUCAAGGUAGAAGUUCUCGAUGAUGACAGCGCUGCUGCAUUGAGAAAAUUUUGUUUGAGUUAUUACGAUAUUCGAGCUUUAAUACUAGAACUUGCUCUUAAGCUUGAUACAAUGAAACAUCUCGAUUACCUCCCUAGAUAUCAACAACAAAUGUUGUCUCUUGAAGUUAUGAAGAUAUAUGCUCCUCUUGCUCAUGCUAUAGGGACUACUGGUUUAUCUCUGGACCUGGAAGACCUCUCAUUUCGGUACUUGUUUCCUUACUCAUAUCUCUAUGUGGAUACAUGGUUGAGAAGCCAUGAAACAGGAAGUAAGAGUUUGAUAGAUAUAUACAGGGAAGAGCUGUUUCAAUUCUUAAAAGCUGAUCCUGUAUUAGCUGAGAUGGUGGAUGAUGUCUCAAUUAAGGGUCGAUAUAAAAGUCGUUUCAGUACGAUGAAAAAACUUUUGAAGGAUGGUCGUAAAACGGAAGAAGUAAAUGAUGUUUUAGGUUUGCGGGUUAUCUUGAACCUUAUAUCUAAGGAUGACGUAAUAGGCGAGAAAGCAUGCUACAGGACACAGGAACUGAUCCAAUCACUAUGGAGAGAAAUCCCGAACAGGACAAAAGACUACAUUGCAAAACCCAAAGCUAAUGGAUACAAAAGCUUACAUAUGGCGGUUGAUGUGAGCAGUAAUGGUAGAACGACACCAACAAUGGAAAUUCAAAUAAGAACCGCAGAGAUGGACAUCUUUGCUGAUGGUGGGACGGCAUCCCACUCCUUAUACAAGGGUGGUCUUACAGACCCGGAUGAGGCAAAACGACUGAAGGCAAUUAUGAUGGCUGCUGCUGAAUUUGCCGCAUUGCGCCUGAGAGAUCUCCCUUCUGCAAGUCAUAGAGAGAUUGACCAGAGGAACCGAGUCUUCCGUCUUCUUGAUAAGAAUGGUGACGGUAGGAUUAGCAUCGAGGAGCUUAAAGAAGUGAUGGAGGAGCUUGGUGCUGGAGGAGAAGAUGCCGAGGAGAUGAUGCAGCUCCUUGAUGCAAAUAGCGAUGGUUCUCUAAGCUCUGAUGAAUUUGAUUUAUUCCAAGAACAGGUUGAUUUAAUGCGUAAUUUGGAGGAUAAAGACAAUCAGUACGCGACAUUGUUGGGUGAGAAGCUUCAGUUGACCAACAACAGCGGACUAAUUGAAGUGUACAGUAAAGAGUUCGGAGACAAGCUAGCUCUAAAAUGACACGGUCUGUAGCUCUCGGGUAUGCAAAACACAUCUUUGUUUAGCAUCUAUAUUGUAUUUUUCUACAUUGACAAAUAUCUAAGAUGUCAUAUUUGUUGAGGUGUGAAUUAAACUCAUCUGUAUCUAUGCAAAUCUCGAACAAAAUGUUAGGGACAGUCAGUACACCUAUAUCAGUCCUCUCUUUGUAUAUAGGAGAUCAAUUAUUUAAAUGAAUAAUUUUUAGCCUAUGGCAAGUAA